AUGCCAAAUAUUUGGAAUCGAGAACCAGUUAUUGAACGGCGUAUUCGGCAAUCUCCGGAAUCACCUGGACAUCCGGUAAUUUUCCAAUUGCCCAAGCAUCCAUUGUUCCCUUCCGGAUCUCUUGUCCAAGCUAACCUGCAACCGCCAACGUCCACUGCUACAAUGUCUUCCAAUGCUACUACUCCUGCUGCUGCUGCUGCCACUGCCAACCAGGCGCUGAUUGCUCUUCUUGACAGGCUGAAUGAGCUUCUUGAACAGGUCCUGCGGUCCCAGUCAGAAGAAGAGAAAAUGAGAUUGAGCCGAACCAUUGUGUCUCAAUUGAACCAUGCUAUCUGUUCUUACCGGACAGUCGCCACCUACAUCCCCCUUUGCCUGCUGUCAAUGGCAGCUGAGAUCCAUCGUGCUCAGAUGGGACAUUUGCCGGGGCAUCCCUUGUACCCCAUGACAUUGGGUCCGGCACCUAAUAUUACCACCCCUACUGCUGGCGCCACAUCUGUAUCUGUACCUCAACCGGCACCGGUACCGGCACCUGCACCACCUCUAUUGCUGCCUUCAAUCGCUACUUUACUGGCUCCCAAUACGACAAUCGGCAUCCCUGGAGGUACCAACUCCGGUGCAGUUCCGGGGCCAUCAAAACCUCGCAAAAGGCAAUUUAGUGCGAGCCCUCCCUGUCUGGUCAAGAAGGCCCGGAAGGCUGCCCCGAAGUCGAGGCGGAUCUUAACUGACACCGAUACUGACACAGAUGGAAUUCGCAUUGGGAAUUGUAAGGUGAAGGGCAGAGGAAAUGAAAAGGGCAAGGGCAAGGACAAGGGAAAGGAAAGCGGUACUCAGGCCCAGAAUUCAACACGCAACAUGAUGAAAAAGAAAUUACCGGCCGUGGUCAUUACUACACGGCCGAUACCACCUGCCAAAGAGAAGAAUGUGACUGAUUCAGAAUACCAACCGGAGGACGAUGACGAAGAUCAACUCGAACCCCGUGAUGACUCUCAAUACAAGCUGAAAGGUGAAUAUCAUUUAUCUCUACUGGUUGGUGACUUAUCCGGAUGCAGCCAAAUGUCAAGCCGACCAAAGGAGAAGAACCAGUCCAAGUCCGGGUAUGCUACAAGAACCGACCAGCCCAAGGUGAAGGGCAAGGCCAAGCAUCCACAUCUGCAACCCAUUGGUGCGCCUCUACUGCCAUGUGAGAGAUGCACGACGAUGCAGUUGGAAUGUGAGAGCUGGGUGACCAAAAGGGACAUUAACACUGAGCAUCCUAGUCCCAUCCCAGAGGAACCAGAUGUCAAUGUUGAGAUGGACACUGUGGUCACAACCCCCGGUCGUCCCAGCACCACCCCAGAUGCAGCACCAGUAGUAUCUGAGCACGAUUUCCCUGUUGAUCAGUGGAUCAAACCUAUGGAUGACCGCCUUCUUGCCUCCAGUGCAAUUCAUGGACACGCCGGACAAUAUCCAGGUACUCGCCCAUCUAUCCGGCUCGCACUGAACGACCCCCCUCUCCUGCUACAACUCUCAUACCCCUUCAGUCCCACCAGCGUCGUUCCUUUAACUACUUUGGAGAUGGACGCCAUGUUGGCUCAACUUCAGAUCGAUAUGGAUCAGCUCUGCACACGCGAUGACAUGAUUCAUGACGACCUGUCCAAUCGCAUCGACCGGCUGCACGCUAAUUAUACACAGCAAUUGAACACCCAGAAGGGACUGGUGGAUCACUUGGCUGUUCAGAUGGGCAGCAUUGCCCAGUACUUGAGGGACAACCAAAGGAACACUGCAGCAACCACCUCCACUCCACCAGCAUUCAAUCCACCACCCAUUGUCAUUCCUGGUACUCCCAUAUUCCCUGAGUUUGGCUCUAUCAGUGCCUUGGGUCGAGCCGUCACGAACAAUGUCUUUACUCCGGAUGUAUUUUCAACUAAUGCACGCCCCAGUGGUGAUGGCUCACCAGUCACAAGGCACGAGCAGGCACACGCAUCCGCCUCUACCUCUACCUCCACCUCCACCAUUAACCCUAUCCCUACCAUGGUGGUAUCCGCUCCACUGAUUCAUCCGGUUGGUCUACUUCCGGUACCACCUCUCCCAGUUGGUGCACAUCCGGUACCACCUCCCCUGGUUGGUGCACAUCCGGUACCACCUCUCCCGGUUGGUGCACCUCCGGUACCACCUCUUACUGUCCCGAUGGAAUCUAUGCCUUCCACUAGCACCCUUCACACAUUGGUCACCGGGCCAUCAAAUGCGCCAGAGGAUGGUCAGUCCAUCUCAGCUCCUUUGCCAAACCGGUCAUUUGCACCUCAAUCACGCCAAGGUCGGUCAGUGAGUGCUAGGCAUGCUAAGAACACUUCCGGUAAUGCGCCCAAGUAA